UGAAAAAAGAGGAAACGCUCCAGCCAUUAGCGCGCGCUCCCUCGGUUACGCUUGGUGGAUAAGAGCGAAUCAGUUCACAAGUUUAGUUGCUGUUGUUCUUUCUGUCGGAACACACACACUUCCUCCAGCGAGUUAGUAUCUUCGUCGCAGGAUUGUGUUGAGUUCACCGUCUUUGCGGUGAGUUUUGCGCGAAAACGCGUUAGUGAGUCAGUCAGUCAGUCAGUCAGUGAGUGAGUGAGUAGACGACACGUCACGGCGGACGUCUCUUGGUUUGGAGACUUCAUAUGUAAUAUAAUAAUUUAUAAAUUAUACUGCUGAAAUCGCAAAGAUUGAGAAAAUUUCAAGUAAAGCAGCUCCGAGACUCUGCCUUCCAGUUGCACAGGAGGCGAAAUUGUGAGGAGCAGGACGGGUCCAGUUUACGUUCGCGCGUCGUCGUCGUCGUCAUCAUCAUGUCCGCUGCGAGCGAGAAGCCCAUCGACUUCGAUCGCGUUCCUUUAGUCGCGCUGAACGUGACGGUGAGAAAAAAUCUCGCGCUUUACCUAAACCCACGCAAUGCCGUGGCCGCGGACUGGCAAUCUCUGGCCGAGAUGAUGGGCUUCAGCUACCUGGAGAUUCAAAACUACGAACGACAGGAGAACCCCACGGAGAAGAUACUAGAAGCCUGGAAAGGCCGAUGCCCUGAUGCCACUGUGGGGAAGUUACUGUCUAUGCUGAGAAAGGUGGAGAGACAUGAUGUGCUUCUGGAUCUGAAGAUAACCAUUGAGGAGAACUGCAGGAGGUACCUGAGAGAGCUGGAAGCCCCUGUGCAGGUGCCGGUGGUGGACAGCUGUCAGCCCCGAACAGAAGAGAGAAAGGGCAUCACCAUGGGGGAUGAUCCGCUUGGCAACAUGCCGGAGCUGUUUGAUGCCUUCAUUUGCUACUGCCAGAGUGACAUAGAGUUCGUCCACGAAAUGAUAAAGCAGCUUGAACAAUCUGACAGGCCACUGAAACUAUGCGUGUUUGACCGAGAUGUCCUCCCAGGCACCUCUGUGUGCACCAUUGCUAGUGAGCUCAUUGAGAAGAGGUGUAAGAGAAUGGUGGUGGUGAUUUCAGAUGACUACCUGGAAAGUGAUGACUGUGACUUCCAAACCAAAUUUGCGCUGAGCCUCUGUCCAGGAGCACGGACCAAACGGUUGAUUCCAGUUGUGUAUAAGCCAAUGAAAAAGCCAUUCCCAAGCAUUCUGCGUUUCCUGACUAUCUGUGAUUACACCAAGCCAUUUGCCCAGGGCUGGUUCUGGAAACGUCUGGCUGCCGCCCUCUCUCAGCCAUGACUACUGUUACACCAACCCAGUAGAGGCAAAAGAAGGUGAACUGGUAUGACUCCAGAUCCUUCAAGGAUAAAAGGGGGAAAAAAAAUGUCACCAUCCAUGGAUGUGGUGGCAUUUCAUAUUCUCUCCACUCAUGAACUUCCCAGCAUCCUUUGCAACCAAAUGAGAGAAUUCCUUCCAUAUCAUGCAGAGACAGUUCUUAACUACAUGUUAAGGGAUAUUCUUUCUUUUGUUUCUGGUAGAAACAAUACUUAUAUAUUUGGUAC